CUAAUUCCGAGGUCUAUCAGUUUUACGGUAAAGGUUAUGAUUUCGUCAAGAGGUCAUGCAAGCAGUUUUUAUUUGCGAAAAGACUUGUAUUAGGACGUUUUAAUUUACACACUAUUUAAAAGAGUAUCCGGUUAGCACUUAAACAACGAAUCUAUCAAUGUAAAAGCUCUUAAUUUAUGCCAUUAAUUUCUGAGGUUCUGCUAAUUUGACUAGAAAUGACGUCCACACUGAAGGAGCUAUUUAGAUUCUUAGUCCGUAACAAAAUAGCCCAUAGUUUAAGAAUAUUUGGAAUAACUUCGUCUGAAGUGCCUCAUGGUCCAAAGUCUAAGAGACUGGCUGAUGUCACACCAACUAAGACGGGCAGUUUCUGGCACCGAGACUGUGUCGGCUCUCAGCUCCAGGCAGCAUGGUGUAGUCGGAGAUGUUAUUCCACCCACUGCCUCACAAGAGGCCUGUCUGGAGGAAGGGGAGGCAGCCAGGAGCAGCAGACACUGCAGGACGUUGCGAGGUUCAUCCGAGACCAGGAGUACAAGAGGAUCGUGGUCAUGGCUGGGGCUGGCAUAAGCACGCCGAGCGGAAUCCCAGAUUUCAGAUCACCUGGAAGUGGCCUGUAUGAUAACCUUCAGCAGUAUGAUCUGCCUUACGCUGAAGCCAUAUUUGAGAUCAACUAUUUUCGCCACAACCCAAAGCCAUUCUUUGCCCUGGCCAAAGAGCUCUAUCCAGGCAAUUAUCUUCCCAAUCUGACUCACUUCUUCAUCAGGCUCCUGCAUGACAAGGGGCUCCUUCACAGAAUGUACACCCAGAACAUAGAUGGAUUAGAGAGAAUGGCAGGUAUUCCUUCCAGCAAACUAGUGGAAGCACACGGGACCUUUGCAACUGCCACCUGCACUGUGUGCCGGACGUCGUACCCGGGGGAGGCUCUCAGAGCGGAAAUAUUGGAGAGUAAAAUCCCCAAAUGCCCCAGCUGUAAGGGAGUUCUGAAGCCUGACAUUGUGUUCUUCGGGGAGGAGCUCCCACAGCAGUUCUUUCUGUACCUUACUGACUUCCCUAUGGCCGAUCUGCUCAUCGUCAUGGGAACCUCACUGGAGGUGGAGCCCUUUGCCAGUUUGGCGGGUGCGGUGCGGAGCUCUGUGCCUCGAGUUCUCAUCAACAGAGACUUGGUGGGGCCCUUCGCCUACCCUUCCCCCAGGCCGAACGAUGUGGUGGAGCAGGGAGACGUGAUUACAGGGGUGCAGAAGUUCGUGGACACCCUGGGCUGGGGAGAAGAACUGAAUGAGCUCAUUGCCGUGGAAACCGCAAAGCUGCAGAUGGGUAAGAAGAAGGAGAAAUGAAGAAGCUCAAGUUCUUCCCCAUGAAUGCGCCAGCUGUGGAAGAAAGGAGUUGAAACCGGACUCGGCGUGUUUGUACUUGACGUUAUUUUUACCCCCUCAAUCUGUAUGAUCAUUGAGAAAUCAUUUCUAUAAAUGGAGAGAACAAAGUGAUUCCUUUGGUGCUGGAGCAAGUCCUUCGGGCUGAAACCAUUAGUAUCAGGUACUUCGGCACAGGGGGAAUUUUGCACAUAAUUAUACUGUAUUUGCACAAUCAUAAUCUGGUAUAGCUACAGUAAAUAUAGUUGCGGACAUUUUCAUUUGUAUUACAGACCUAUUCUGAAGUUACAAAUGGGGACAUGUUGAUUUCAUAGAGCUCCUGUAUGUUUUAUUUUAUAUAUCAAAAUAAUAGUUUUAAUGUCCAAUAUGUAGUUCUAAUCAGAUUUGAUCCUGGACAAACCUCAUUUUAGAUGUGUAACGUCUCUCAAGAUGGUGUUAUCACCUUGUUUCAAGUACUACAAUGUUUUUAACAUACAAUAUAGUAUGUUAAUAGUCGUCAUUGGUUUAUUAUAAUGUCCUUCCUAUUUCUUUUGUUAUAGGUAGCAUGAUUAGAUUAAAUGGAAAGGCCUGUGGCUGAAUUGUUUUCAUUUUGAUGCUGGUUGAAAAACCUUAGAAACUAGAAAAAAAUAGGAACUGAGCAAAACUGAGCUAAUAAUUUGUCUUUCAGUGAGCUUUGCCAAAAAAAUGAAGUACUAAUGCCUUUUACUUAA